GAAGAAGAGGAGGAAGAGGAACAGAACGGAGUGAUGGAAAUAGAAGACGACAGUGGAACCGAGGACAAGGAAAAGGACCUUCUGAGCAGCUCAGGCCGCCUCCACAUGCUGCCUCUCCUCUCCUCCCUCUCCUCCCUUGUUCUCUACCUCCGCCGGCUUCAGCACUCUGCCUUCCUGUCGCUGUCCCGCCAGCUGCAGUCCGCUGAGGCCUGGCGCCUACUGUGCCACUCCAGCCUGGCUCUGCUCAUCCUCUACAACCGCCGGCGUGAGUGUGAGGUCUCCAAGCUCGCCAUCGCCGAGUACCGCGUCCGCGUCACCCCCCAGUGUCCCGUGCCGGUCCCCCCCGGUGCCCCGCCCGCCCUCACCCCCCUGGAGGCCUCCCUGUCCCCCUUCGAACGCCUUGUCCUUCCCCAUCUCCCCCGUGUGGGGGUGCAGGGCAAGCGUGGCCGCGUUCAGCCCCUCAUCUUGCCCCCGCAUUGCGAGCCCUGCCUGGAGCUCCUCCUGCAGACGCGCCACGACGUGGGCGUGGACCCGCAAAACCCUUACGUCUUUGCCCGCCCCUACCACUCCCCGGCCACGCCCCUCCGCGGCACCGACCUGCUGAGGAGCCUGGCCCGCUCCAGCGGCACGCGCAACCCCCGGGCGCUGACCCAGACCCGGGUUCGACGGCAAGUGGCAAUCCUGACGCAGCUACUGCUACUGGGGGAGGGGGAGGAGCCAGGCCAGCCAGGCGGGAGCGCAGUGGAGCGGCUGGAGCACUUCCUGGAGAGGGAGUAUCACGUGACGCAGAGCUGCGGCGGGAUUGGCCAGGAUCCGGGGCUGAUGGGGAGAGUGGGGAGGGUCGUGCUGUGUGGAGAGAGGGAUGGAGUGCUCUUCAGAGGGAUGAGUCUACACCACAUCUGUCUGGAGCUGGACGUAAUGUCUGGAAACUCUGCAGACUCAUACUCAGAGGGCGAGUCUGAAGGCGACCCGGGCAAGGAAAAGGGCGAGGUGACCCCGGCCACCCAGACACCCGCCCCAACGCCCACGCUCCUGUAUGUCCGGAGGGGAAAAGCCAACAGCAGGACACCGCGGCCCAAGAAGAUGAAAGGCACACCCCCGUCCGCCUCGCCUCUAUCCCCGUCGCUCGCCGGUCGCAGAAGAGGCUCCGGUCAGCCGCGCUCAGGUAAGCGCGGCGUCCUCAAGCGCCCGUGGUCGGAGGCGGAGCGCGCCGCCGUGGAGGAGCACCUGACGCGGAACAUCGCCGAGCUGCGUGUGCCGGCCAAGGCGGACUGCGAGCGCUGCCUGCAGUCCUGCCCCCUGCUGGUGACCAACCGCCGUGACUGGCGCGCCAUCAAGUUCUACUGCCACAACCGCAUCCAGCUGCUGAAGAAGAACCAACGUCGCGAUAGCGACCCACCUCCACUCAUUGUCUGCUGAGAAGGGAGGCUGAAGGACGUCUGACGUAGCACACUACUACUCGCGGUCCAGAUGACCGCCGAUCCUUGUAGUCACACACAUUUUGGACAGUCCUCUGUCUGCAGAAGGGGAACCUGUCUAUUCUGUAGUGCAUUAUCUGAAGGAGAUUUCAAAGGAGCUCCGAUGACACACUAUGUUUCACUGUUUUGAGGUCUUAAAUUCUACCAUUUCUUUUAGGAUGGAGUGUGGUGAGUGCACUACAGAACAGGCGCACUAAAUUUGUGUAGGGUGUCAUUUGCGAUUCACAUUGAGACGAGAGAUUGGCAGGGUUUGGCUACGCUUUAGUUUGUACAGGCCUGUACUAGUUUCACCUCUAACAGAAUGACCCUGUUGCAACUGUGCCAUUCAGAUUUUUGGAGUUGUCUUUACCUAGAACUUAUUGGGUAGUCUGCAAUUGCUCAGUUAGUCUGUAGCCUUUACUCUGAGAAGAUUCCCUUUUCCUUACCAAAAUGGCACUAGAUGUGACCCACCUAGAUACCAAUAACGGGGUUGUUUGAAUUUAACCAUAUUAACUUCCGUAUUUCUACGUUGGAAGUUGCAACACUUGUCAGUGAAGUAAAGUUUGAUUCCUCAAAGCCAUGAUUAGUCCUAAAACAUGUGAAGAUUAGACUAAAUCAUGUUGCAUAUUUGGUUACUAUACCUUCCCCUUCUCCUCUAAACAGGUACAUCAGAGAAGCUGAGAGGGCAUUAACCCAAAGAACUAGCAUUUUGUUUUUGGCAUCGGUCCACUUAUUUUCCCUGUGCAUUUAUGCACGUUUUAUUUUUCUUCAAGCUGUUAAAAAAAAAAAAAAGGUGCUUAAGUUAUCAAGCUAUUAUCUCAAUUUGAGGGCGAUACAUUUCCCUGACUUCCCUCGGUUGGGUUGUCUUUUGAGGCAUUAUUUGGAAGUAAACUGAAUGACUCGGCCGGAAAGUUGUUUAUUUUAUUUGUAUUAUACCCCUCUCCCAUGCAGUGUUUUUGUGUUGUUCGUGUUAAUUGUUCGUCUUUUCAAAGACUAGUUUUGUCCGGUUCCUGUCCAGUUCCUGUCCGGCCUUUAUGCGUGUCAAUAGUUUUGCAGUAGGCCUAAUGCUAGAUUCUGGAUGCUUUUGUCACUCAAUUACAAGUGCCCAGAAAUCUUUGUCAACUACUGAACUACAAAAAAACUACAAAACACCAUGUCGAACAGAUACUUGAAGUUAUUUAAACCGUUCACAUCAUCCAUUGUUAGUUGAUGCUCCAAUUCCAGCCAGUUACGUUGUACAGAAAAAAAAGUUAUAUAUAAUUUUGUUAAUUGGCUUGUUUGUCCUACUUGUAACUUUUUCCCCAUUUGAGUGUAUAUUGUACAUAGGCCUGUGGUUUGUAAAUAUUCACAGUAACACAAAGAAAAAAGCUACACACAGUGUAUGAUAUUCCUUGGUUUUCGUGUCAUGUUUUUUUUUUUUAAUAAGUCUUAUAAAAAGUUGCAGCUG